ACUUGUUUAGGCACCUGCCCAAACCAAAAGUGGAGGUAUUUCGCUGGUUCUUGCUACUUCGCGGUAACUUUCAUGCCGAACAUGAAAUACUGGGUGGGUCUACAGCGUUCUGGAAACGAUUGGCAAUGGGUUGACAGCAGCACAUCGGUUUAUCGAAACUGGGCAAACAAUGUUACACCAACUAGAGGUUGCGUGGUAGCAAAUGCCCCGGGCACGGUAGCAGGUUCGUGGUCAGGAAUGGCCUGUAAUCAGAGAUAUCAAAUAACGGUAGCAGCGACUGUUUUCAACGUGUAUCUUUUUGCAACCACCCAGUCUACUACGGUUAUAUGA